AAUCAAUUAACACAUCGAUUUUUUUCCAUGAAUCGCCCAUCGUUAUCACCAACCACGUGCAGACGACGCGUUCCCCAGUCAAUUUUCAUUCUCCUGCCCUCGCCCCACUAUACGACGACAGGGCUAACGCAAACGAGCCUCGUGCAGUGCGUGCGCCAUACCAACAUGUGUGUCGUCCUAUUUGCGCCAUUGUCGCCGAGUAUUCCUCUUCGCCGGUCGCACGGGCCCACGUCAUUCACGACAAUAACAGAAUAGUGUCGCAGACGUCCGUUUAACCAUCGACCCGCCUUGGUCCGUUUGCGGCAGCGCAGUGAUACCGAGUGCUGUUGGAAGACUUUCGCCCGAACACGGUUAGCGACUGCACUGGAAAGCGGUUCUGAACGAUCAUUAAUAUUUAGAAUUGACAUCACAAAUAUUUUUGCAGAACAAUUGACACCUCAGGAUGGAAUGCUACGUACGGAAACACUUAAGAGGAAAUGAUUAUUCCAUGAUUGAGAUAGACGAUAUGUACUGUAGCAAUGGCGAUUUAAAACUCACAAACAGAGAAGAGAAUUUAAUUAGGGGUACAGAUAUGUUGGCUGCACAUCUUAUGGAAAAAGCUAUUCGGGAAAAAAGCAAAUGUGAACGUCAAAAACUUUUUGAGGAUAUUGAAUUUCUGUAUUUGAAUGCAAAUAAAAUUGUUAUGAAUCACAUGAAUCAUUUAUUAGGCAGGGCCUUCGUUUGCUUAUUAGAUAAUGAAACGAUGAGUGCAGCUGAUUUAAAAUUAUCUAAAAUGUUAUCGGAUGGUUUAGAUUGUAUACCGUUUACAUUUGGAAAAUCAAUUGAUGAAAUUGAUGUAAGCCGAUGUAAAAAUAAUCUUAUCAAACAAUGGAAGUUAUUGCGUGAAAACAAAGAAAAAUCUGAAUAUAUUCGAACAGAUAUGUCGUAUAAUUUCUUGCAAUUAGGAGAGAUUGAAAAAGCAAGAUUGGGAUUUGAAUUAGCUUUAAAGUUAAACUCAAAUUGUGUGCUUGCAUUAGUAGGUCUUUCGAUCACACUGUUAAUUAAAUCCAGUAAAUCCCCACAUACUAUUAAUCUAUUUGUAAAAUUUUCAAAUCAAUUGACCAUUAAAACCAUAAAAAUAGAAACUUUAUUCAAAAUAGCUUUUGAUUAUUUCAAGCAAGGGAGAAGUAAUAAAGCCAUACGAUAUUACAACAUUAUAUUGCAAAGAUCAAGGAAUUUAUUCCGAAUAACUAAAUGUCUUGAUUUUUUGGGUCAAGCUUAUGAAUUAAAGGGUGACUAUAAUCGGUCGUUUGAAUAUUAUUAUCGAGCAGUUAUUAUGAAUCCUAAUGACAUUGGAUAUUCAUAUUAUGGUCUCGCAAAAAUGUAUAUCAUUAUUUGUUCCUUUCAGAAGGCUGAAAAGUGCUUGGAAACAUAUUUACGUGUGAACCCAAAAUGCAAUAAAUCUAAGGUAAAGCUUAGUUUAUUGUAUGUGCAUUCAAAUGUUGAAGAUAAAAUAUACAAAGCUCAGACUUAUCUAAAAGAAGUAGUAAAUGAAGUUCCAAACUGUCUGGACGCCUGGGUUGGCUUAGGUUUGAUAGCCAUAAUCAAUAAAAAAGAGUUAAAUAAUAUUUAUCAUAAUGUUGUGGUUUUGACACAUGGUUACCAAUUAACACGCUUCUCAGUUGACUUGAUUAUUGAUAUGGCUCUUAUAUAUUUUAAGUUUGGAGAAUAUGACUACAGUUGCUCAGUACUUGAAUUAGCCGUCAAAUUCUUAAAACAAUUAUCUGGAGUUACUCCUUGUUUAUAUUAUAUACAUUUGACAAAUGUAGCUUGUGGUCGGUUGGUCAAUGUUUAUUUAGAACUUAAAGAAUUUCAAAAGGCAGAUAAAUUGUUGAAAGAAAUGAUGCAGAAAAAUCCUAAAGAUGUUGAACCAAUCAUAGUAUUGGCAAAAUUGUUUCAAGUCCGUCACCAAGAUAAUGAGGCUCGCGAGUAUGCUAAAAAAGCAUUGCAAUUUAAUCCAAGAUGUCCUGAGGCCCUGAAAAUACUUAGAAAAUUGAAUUUAGAAGAUGAAAUGGACUUAUCUGAGUUUAAUGAAUCUUCAUUAAAAAACCUUAAAGAUAUAUUUAUUAAUUUGAAAGACAUGGCAAUAGGAUCUACAAAAAAUAUAACUGUAUUUAACAAAGAUACAGAAUUUGAUAAUUUGGCAUUAGAAUUUUUUGGAAAAUUAUUGAAUUCUGAUCCGGUACGGAUCUGGGGCCCUGAUAUGUUGGGUCAACAUCUAGCAAACGGUGACAUUUUAAGUAAAUUGAAAAAUACAUUUUCUAUCGCCGAAAAAUCUAAUAUACUAUGCAGUACUUGGAUAUAUUAUGCGAAAGAUUGCGAAAAAAAAAAACUCUACAAUCGGAGUAUUAAAAUAAUGAAAGUAUGUUUGAAAUUAUUUUUCUUACAUGAUACUUUUAAAAUUUACCCAUUAAUCGGAUAUCAAUAUAUCUUAGCAUACAAUUUUCAAGAUGCCUAUAAAAUGUUUUUAAAAGCUUUUAUGGCUAUUCCUGGUGAUUUUAGUAUAAUUAAUUGUAUGGCUUUUACAAUACAACAAAUAGGCAACUUGAUUUUAGAAAAAAAAAAAUGCACUAUGAGAGAUGUCCAUAAAGCUAUGGAAAAUAUUAAAUUAGCAGAGAAAUAUUUUACUUUUCUUGUAAGACAAAAUGAUGUUAUGAUUCAUGGUGUUGCCAACGAAGGACUAGUACUUUGUCAAUUAAAGAUUAAUUUACUACCCAUUUAUAAACGCCGAGUACGUCUAAUGGAAAUUAAAUUGAUGGAAUCUAAUUCUUAAAGAAGAUUGAAAAAUUGAGAAACCAUUCAAAUUCAACAAUUUAAUAUUAAGUUGAAAUAUUGCAGCUCUUUGAGGACUACACAAAACUCAUUUUGUCGAGACACCAAAAUGAAAAAAAAAAAUUAAAGUCUUCAUAAUUUGUUCUAUUCUAAUUAUA